AUGGCUCAACAGCAAUCUUUUGAUUACUAUCAAGUACCUCCGAUGCCUCAGUCAAUGAGUCCGCCCGAGCUCUCCCCGCUCUCUUUCUACGACACACAGGCCGACUUCAGCGCCGACUCGGCGCCAUCUCGCGGCUCCCCCGUGUCCCCCGUCUUCCCGGCCGCCUCCUUCCAACUUCCCUCGGGCAACGACUGGCCUGCAUACUUUGAGAAGCCCGCCCUGUCCCCGGACCUCGAUGUGUUCUACGGCGAGGCUUUUGGCAGCCCCAUGUCCUUCCUGUCGUCCCAGAACAUCGCCCUCAGUCCCACAGCCAACCCGGCCGAUCUCAUGUCCGACGCCGUCGCCUUUGGUCGUGAGGGCAUCAACGACACCCAGCCGCUCUUCCAGUCCGUAGAUGUGUCCGCCCGCGCGCAACCACAGACCCAACACCAAUCUCAACAGCAGCAGACAAAACCCUCGCAUCCCGCGAUGACAACAUCCGCCCCCGUCUACCGCCCUCAACCCCAGCAACGAUCCUCUUCAAGAACAUCACCUCGCAAUGACCUCAAGCGCAAGUCCUCGGCUUCCUCGGCUUCCUCCCGCUCCGCCUCCCCCGAGCCCCCCGCCCGCCGCACAAAACACUCGGAGCCCUCCAAGAACCCGCAUAACAUGAUCGAGAAGCGCUACCGCGUCAACAUCAACGAGAAGAUUGUCGCCCUCCGCGACGCCGUCCCCUCGCUGCGCUGCGUCGUCCAGCAGACGGAGAACCCGCAAGCUGCAGCUGCCGCGGCCGAGAGUGAUGAGCCCUUUGACGUCGUCGAGGAGCUCGGCGGCCUCAUGCCCGCCCGCAAGCUCAACAAGGCCACCAUCCUCAGCAAGGCUACCGAGUACAUCACACAUCUCGAGAAAAAGAACGACCAGCUGCAGAAGGAGAACCAGGACCUCCAGAAGAGGCUCGCCGAGGCCCAGCGCUGGCAGAGAACCCAGGCUGACGCCGGGUCCUUUUGGUCUUGA